UGCAAUGAUUAAGAAGAUUUUAUUCUUGUUUUUUGCAAAUUGUUGUUUGUCACUAACGAUAGUAAAAACGGCAACCGAAACAUGUAAUCAAAAUAACUCUGAUGAUUGCCAUUUCUUCAAUUGGAGGCCUUGGGGUUCGUGCAUUGGAAAAUGUGGUUAUCAAAACCAAACCAGAGAGCGCUUUUUCUGUUGCAAUUCAGAGGUAAUUCCCCAUACUGUGGAGAAUUGUUUACUGCAUUGCAAUUUAAGUAGGCAAUAUCCGACAAAGGAAAGCAAAACUUGUCGAAUAUGCCUAAAUGGCGGCACACUGCAUUCUGUGUCGACUCCAUGUGGUUGUAGCCCUAAGUUUAAAGGAGACUGCUGUCAAGACAUGGUGAAAUGCACUGACAACCCAUGUAAACACGGCACGUGCUCUGACAAUUCUCCCUCCUUUACCUGCACAUGUGAUCCUGGAUACAAAGGCACAGUCUGUGACACUCGGAAGGCAUGCAGCGAAGGAAUCAUUUGUCAAAAGGGUGGAACAUGUCACGAUGGACCAAAUGGAUUCCAAUGUCAGUGCUCGAAAAAGUUCUCGGGAGACUUCUGUGAUAUACCCCUAACAUGCAGUGAUGCCCCAUGUCAAAAUGGAGGAUCGUGUACCAAUGUAAGAGGAUCUUUUCAGUGCAGGUGUCCACCUACUCAUACAGGAGAUGUUUGUGAGAAAGUAAUACUGUGUUCGUCUCUCCCUUGCCUGCAUGGAACCUGUACAGACAGUCCGUCUGGAUUCAGUUGUUCGUGUGAUAUAAAACACAAAGGUGUUAAAUGUGAUCAACCUAUACCGUGUACAUCUAAUCCUUGCCUUCACGGAACUUGUACAGACACUCCGUCCGGAUUCCGUUGUUCGUGUGAUGCAAGGUACACAGGUGCUAAAUGUGAUCAAAAGAUACUGUGUUUGUCUAAUCCUUGCCUGCAUGGAACCUGUACAGACACUUCGUCCGGAUUCAGUUGUUUGUGUGAUGUAAAAUAUAAAGGAAUUAAAUGUGAUCAACCUCUAACAUGCAGUGAUUCCCCAUGUCAAAAUGGAGGAUCGUGUACCAACGCAGGUAGUUCAUUUCUGUGCAAGUGUCUUCUUACCUAUUCAGGGGAUUUCUGUGAGAAAGGAACAGAUAAGGCCGAGGAACUCCUUCUGCCAAAAUGGUUUCCUUAUUUGGAAUAUGCCCUAUUGACCCUGGUGUCACUUACUGGGAUGAUGACGAUGGGUUGCAUUUGUCUGAAAUGUUGCAAAGCAUGUGGUGUCAUAAGAGAUAACGAUGACGAUGAUGAUGAAAAGCGGAAUGAAGAUGGCUCCAAAAAAUCAAAACGGGACAAUAUCAUUCCGCUAGACACCAAAUAUCCUCGAUCGCUUAAUAAACGCUCUGGGUUGGAUUUUUGAUUUUAUAUAUCAUGGACAAUCGCACAAUAAUAUAAAAUGACAUAAAGUAAGACUCGUACUAAUCAAUGACUGAAUAAUAAUAAAAAAUUCAUGAAAACCGUUAAGGUCAACCUUUAUGUUCACUCUGUAUGAUUUAAUUGAUGAAAUUGAAUAAUUAGCUUAGUUUUUCAAAAUUGUUGAAAUGGUUGUUUUAAAUACAGCAAAUAACGGUGAAAAAAAAACAUAUUGUAGAAGUAGAAUAUAAUAACCAGAAUUUAACUGUUAUUUUUGUUUUCAAAUAUUGAUUGUACGUUUUUCUGCAUGUGUCUAUUACUAUUAUUUUUAAAAAUUGUUUAAUUACUUAGUCAUGAACUCAUUGCAAAUAAAAUUUUGUUAAUUAGUAAAAGACAUGUAAAAAAAAUAUUUAAAUUUUUGAAUUUAACGAAGUAUUUUUAAUUGGCUUACAGCUGGGUGUUAUAAAAUAAAAACAAUGUUUUGUUUUCAUUCGCACUUUGUACCUAAAAAUGCAUGGAAAGACCGAUUCAAUUUUCUUUGUUAUUAAACGCAGGCUUAUAAGAGUAGAGAAAUUAAUGGAAAAAAGUAAUGUUAUAUAAAUAAUGUUUAAGUUUAUCCACACUGUGAUUACAGGAAGUAAGAUAGGAAAGUAAAACAAUUGAAGAAGUGAUCGGGUUUGAUUAGCAUAGAGAAUGUAAAACAUGAACUAUAGUUUGUGAAAAAAUUUCAACAAUAGAAUAUACAUGGGUAGUCUAUAUUAAACCCUACUUAAAUUAACUUGCCGUUGCAGUAACCUUCUCAAAUCAAGCCCUCUCACCGGUACGCUAGUGCAAAGGAAUUUACUCUUUGUCAUCAGAUAAUCGACGAUAGAGCGGAUGUUUUCGUAAAGUAUAAUGUUUUUUAUAUUUGAAUGAAGAAAUUCCGAUUUAUUUUUUGAAGUGAUUUCAGUUUUGUAUAAUAUUCCACAUUUCAUAUG